AUUGAUCUGCGUAGGUCAGAUCCUGUCGGCUUACAGCGGGACUGUGAGCUACACUGGCAGUGACAGUUUCGUCUCUAUGUUGGUGCUUCACGUCUGUGGUCAGUUUCAAAAUUUGCGAGGAAGACUGAAGAACCUCGUCGACGACUCGGGCGGAGUGAAAACGACCGAGGACUUCAGAAACGAGCUAACGCAAAUCGUGAAGAGACAUGAACAUUUGAAUUGGUUUGCAAAAAGGAUUGAAGACUCUUUCAAUAUGCUGUUCUUAUUCCAAAUACUUUCUUGUACUAUUCAAUUGUGCUUUCAAGGUUUCCACGUCUUCAAUAUAUUAAUAAAUGACGAUAAUGGAGACGAGUCACCAACCUUCCAGUUAAUCUUUCUAGUUAUUUUUAUAACUUUUAUCUUAGUCCACUUAUAUAUUUAUUGUUAUGUCGGCGAAAUGUUGCUCAUGCAGAGUACCGAGAUAAGCUUCUCCGCGUAUGAAUCCAACUGGUAUAACGUGCCAGGGAAAGAAGCGAGAAGCCUCCUCUUUAUCAUGAGCAGAUCCACAGUCCCACUUUCUUUAACUGCAGGAAAGUUAGGCGUAUUUUCUUUGCAACUGUUUAGCAAGAUCGUGAAAACCUCACUCGGUUACUUGUCGGUACUGCUGACCGUAACAAAACGCAAAGAGUAACUCCUCUCAAAUAAUAGUUAUCGUAUUUACAACAACGCUUAUUACAUACCCGUUAUUGUUGAGCGUA